AUGCACAAACAAGUGUUUGUGUACGAACGCACGGUUUAUCGUGAGAUAAAGGAGAGAUUAAAAACGCACGGAAUAUCAAACCUGAGUUCCGUUGAAUUAUCAAACUUCUUUAGUCCAUGGUACGCCCAGCACAUGGGAAAAAUCAAGGUGGCAAGCGGAAACAAGACGGUGGAAAGUUGGUGUCACACGAAGCUGCGCGUUCACUACUACAUAUUCUCAUAUCCCAGUCUUUUAAAGAUACAUUCCAAUCCGCAAUUGUUGAGCGUCUUAAAUGGUCUCUUGCAAAAUGAAGCACUACUUCAACUCGACAUGCGUUCGUUAGCACCUGCGUUUAAGGAUCCGGAAAAGCAGCAGUGGUUCGAAGAGGUACUGGACAAUUAUUUAAAAUUAUGGGAAGUCAAUUUGUGA